AGAACAAUGGUUGCCUUAUAGAGCCGUUUUAAAGUGUUGUAUUCGUGUUUUUAAUUGAUUGCGUGUAUUUUCCUUUAAUUUGCUCAAUUAACUUGUUCAAUAACAGACUUGACACGAGUUUUACAAGAUGUGUUCGAUAUUAUCUUCAAUGCUGAAUGUAUAUUUUCAAAACUAAGUGAUGGAGGCGCCAACUCCAUAACUUUAAGCUCGUGUGCGAAAUUUCGUGACAUAAUAAAUAUUGCAUACUACAAAAAGAUUCACGGAUAUGGCUACGAUAACACCUCGUCGUUCUUUGCGGAUUCCUCAUAUGCAUACGCCGAAAAUGACCGAUAGGAAAAAGGGGUUAUUUCAAGGCGAGGCACCCCCACAGCCGGAGUCUUUGACGAAGCAUCGCCGGCUCCCCGUGCUGGACAGUGAGAGUGACAGUGAUGACUGCGAUCUUGGCAUCAUAAGCACCAUUGAUUCAAGCUCUGGAGAGGAAACUGAUCAGAACACUCCUAAGACGCCCGAGAGAACACUGUGGCAUGAAACUAGAAGCCAAACAAAGAAAUUAAAAGAAACACAUUACCUGAAGAAUUUCAUGAAAUCACCUUUCACACUUAAAAAAUAUCAGACACAGUAUUCAUGUCCAGAAUCAAAAUGUGGUUCAUCAUCCACACCAGCUACCCCCCACCUCCGUAACCAUCCUGUUACACCUUCAUCCACACAUUCAUGCACCAGCAUACAUACAACUUCAUCUACAUCAAGCAAAGCUCGUAAAAGCCUUGCCAGUCUUAUAGCUGAUACAGAAAGCUGCAGCAGCUCUCUAAAAGAUCUUAAUUUCGAUUCAGAUUCUGCUACAGACUCAAAAGAGAACACACCAACAAAACCACUAAGACGGUCCUCCCGUAAACAUAAAAAUUCACCCAAACUUCACAGCUUUAAAGGUGUGCUACUCGAACAGAAGAAAAAUGUAUCACCCAUAAAAUAUCCUGUUGUAUGCCUAACAAAAAUGGAUUUCACCAAUCUUAUAUCACCCACGCAAAUGUUAAAAACACCACACAAUACAACUGAAACUAAAGAUUCUCCACCAAAAUUAAGUCACAACAGACGUUCCAUACUUGAAAUUGAAGAAAGCCCCGAAUCUGUUUGUGAUAGUGAAAAGAGUCAUAAAAGAUUACACUAUGAUGGUAUGUCUGAUAAUGGACCAAACUCUAAAUUACCAAGAUUAGACCCAAGUGUAGCACCGAAGGCACGGCUCUCUUUAUUCAAUAGUGAUAAACUAAAAGAGAUAUUAUCAGCUAAGUCAUUCUAUGGCAAAAGUAAUCCAGACUUAAAUACAAGUAUAGCAACAAAACUUUCUAAUGCUAUAGAAUCAACUGCAACUCAUCCACGUCGUUCAUUCGGUAAUUCGAAACGCAAACGAAAGCCGGGACAGAUUAAUAUGGGUGUUAAACACAAGAUACGUAAACCUAAAUAUAAUAAACCCAAUAUAUCCAGUGUUAAAGUGAAUACGAAAAUUGGAGAUAUUAGUUCUCAAACUUUAAAUAAAAGUGUCACAUCUCAAAGUUCUACGAAUGAUGUAGAAUUCAAUGCAACGGAAUUAGUAACAGACAAAAUCAAUCCAUUUGUACAAGAACAGCAAACAAUAGAAGCAUUAUUAAGUCAAUGGACGGAAGAGGAAGUUCCAGAAUCUGAACUAAGUUUCCGGAAAACAGAAGUUCCAUGUUUUAAUAAAUCAAUAAUAGAAGAGACAAGUACAAUCUUCCAACCAGUUACGGCCACUCUGGUGGAAAGUUUACCACUUCCAGAAGACUCUGACACCAUUAUUGUUGAACUGGGUGCAACAAACAAUGGCCAAGGUAAUCCAGGUCAAGAAGAAAUGGUCACCCAAGAUAUUAUUAUGGCAGAUUCUAUGACAGAAAACAACUCAAAAACUACAGAAUUUCUGCCUGUUGAUGGAGGAUAUAUUGUUGUUGAAGAUAAUGAAAUUAAAGAACCAGAAGAAUUAACAGACCUGGACGCGAUUGAGCGUGAACUAAAGAUGUUAGAUGAACAAAUCCUACAGAUGGCUCAGUCCAACAACAUCAAUGCUGAGGCAGUGCUCGCAUCCACUGAGAAAGAUAUACCAAGAGUUAGUCCUGAAUUAAUAUCGGACGAAGAAAAUAAUACAUUAAAAACCAAACCUAUGAAAUUGUUCUCGAUUUUCAACAAACCGAAUCCUGGAGUCUCCACUCUAUCAAAAGGUACAGAUAAAAGCAGAAGGUCAAUACUAAAGUCAAUAAAAGACCAAUACGUAAUAGACGCUGGUCAGAAAAAAUUCGGAGUCACUCAGUGCAAUGAAUGUGGAGUUAUUUAUCAGAUUGGAGAUCCUCAAGAUGAGCAUGACCAUUUAGUUCAUCAUAAUGCCACAGAUGUGCUUAAAUUUAAUGGUUGGAAGGAGGAGUGCGUGGUACAUCGUACAGAGAGCGGUCGUGUGGUGCGUGUGCGCGGCGGCUGCGGCGGCUGGCGGCGAGUGGCGGCGCUGCUGGCGCGUCUCGUGCACGCGCAGCUCGGAUACGAAGCUGCGCUGCCCAAUGAACAACAUCACUAUACUGCUUAUUUGUAUGUUGAAAAGAAGCAGAUAGUAGGCUGCCUAAUAGUGGAGCCUAAAGUCAAGGCUUACAAGUUGAUACCUGGAGACCCGGACUGCUGUAGUGUCGAGGAUUACCCAGUCAAAUGCGGCGUAUCUCGGAUCUGGACGCACGCCAGUCACAGACGCAAGCGCAUCGCGUCCCAGCUACUGGACUGCGCACGCGCAACAUUCCUGCACGGAGAUGUGGUGCGCUUGAAUGAAGUCGCCUUCAGCGCCCCCACUGCAGCUGGGAAAGCCUUCGCAGCUAAGUAUACUGGAACUGAAAACUUCUUUGUAUAUGUCGAUUGAUUGUUUACUAUUUUAUACAAAAAUUCGUGGGUUUAUUACUGAUACAUCUUAACAAAAACAUUUUAACUAAAAUUAUUUCAUGAACUACUCCAAGUAAGAGCUAGAACCCAUGAACAUUGUAUGUUAACUAUUAGACUAUUGGCGCUUUAAAUCCUCUAUAGAAAGAUAUAUUUUUGUAACUUGUUUCGGCAAUGGAAACCCACGGUUAUUGUUUGAAUUACAUAAUGUAAUUAUUAUGCUGUAAUUACUUUAUCUUUAGGAAUAUUCGUGUGAAUUUUGCUCAAUAUGUGAGUUUAGAUGUAUUUAGCAGAAAAUGACAUUUAAAAUGUGUAAAAAUUGCCAUUCGUGCCAUAAGCAA